GGUGGGGAAGUCCUGCACAAAAGAGCUGAGUGCAGCCUCACUGCCCUGGACCAUGACAGUGCCGUUCUGGCACACGUUUACCGUCACAAACCGGUUUUCCUUUUCACUGUCCUCAGAAGUGUGGGUUUGCCUUCCCUUGCAGAUGCCUUUCUUUGUUGUAUAGCUGAAAUGCCUGGUUACAGCUGUAUGCCAAGCAGUAGUGGGGUCUGUGUAAAAUAAAAGGUUUGUAACCGUCCUGUUGUGUGAGCAGUCAGCAAGUUUAUGGGUUCUCCCUCUGAAUUCGGUGUUUAAAACUGAUUCUUCCCUGAUUUGAUUUCUGCUGGACUGCUGGUCUCUGCUGCUGCUUGUGCUGCUAGCGCUGCCUCGGUGGCCAUGUUGCUAUGGCUACCACCAGUAAACAGUUGGAGCUAGCUAGUAAGCUAAUUGACACAUUUGAAUUUAGCUAGCUUAACAACGUGGUUUUUCAUUGUCCAAUGUUGACAAAGCAAUGAAUGGUUAGACAGGCCAUCAAAUACUAUUUCACCAAUCUCAGUUCAUUAAACCAUUAUUCCUUGUUUCAAAACUAUGCUGUUCAAAAAAACAUACAUACAUUGUGUGUGUGUGUGUGUGUAGGUUCUGAAUGAGGUGGUGGUGGACCGAGGCCCCUCCUCCUACUUGUCUAAUGUUGACCUGUACCUAGACGGACGCCUCAUCACCUCUGUACAGGGAGAUGGUGAGUACAGGACACAACACAGUGGUGGCACCAACAAAUACUCCUCUAUCUUGAGCACCUCUCGAUCUCUCCAUCUAUCUCCUCUUCUCUUCAGGUGUGAUCGUGUCGACCCCUACAGGCAGCACAGCGUAUGCAGCAGCAGCAGGAGCCUCAAUGAUCCAUCCUAAUGUCCCAGCCAUCAUGGUCACCCCCAUCUGCCCACACUCCCUCUCCUUCAGACCUAUAGUGGUGCCUGCUGGGGUCGAGCUGAUGGUGAGAGUGUGGAGGAAAGGGGAGGGAAGGAACGGAGUGGGGUGGGGAGGGUGUUGUCUGUCUGUCUGUCUGUCUUAUGGCUGUGUUGAACUCUUCCCCUGGUCUGUCUCUCUGUCUGUCUGCAGAUCACCCUCUCCCCUGAUGCCAGGAACACUUGCUGGGUGUCGUUCGACGGUAGGAAGAGACAGGAGAUCAGACAUGGAGAUUGGUAACUUCACUGUCCUUCACCUUACCACCAUUUACUAUAGUGUAAUAGCUCCGACAUACUAGCAGGUAGAAUGUAAGAUCUAUGUUAGAACACUAAUCAACCCUGAUCCCCUCUCCUCUCCACCCCCCCUCUCCUCUCCACCCCCCCCUAUCCUCUCCACCUCUCCUCUUCUCUCCCCUCCUCUCUCUCUUACCCUCACACUACUCUCCCCCUCUCCCCACCUCUCCCUCUUUCCACUCCUCUUACCUCCCCCUCCUCUUCUCACCUUCUCUUUCCUCACCUCUCCCUCUCUCUUCUCCUCUCCCCCUCCUCUCUCCCUGCAGUAUAAAGAUCACUACGUCGUGCUACCCAGUACCAUCUAUCUGUUGUCAUGACCUGGUGUAUGACUGGUUUGAGAGUCUGGCUCAGUGUCUGCAUUGGAACGUCAGAAAGAAACAAGCUCGUCUGGCUGACCAUGUCUCGGACUCCUCCGAUACAGAGAACUGAACACACACACA